GCCGCACUUUUAUCAUGCGUCAUAUAGCUGAUGGUAGUAUGCCGCGUGCCUUCGAGCUGCGCGCGAUAAGGGAGAGGAGUGAAGGGGAAGGGAGCGCGAAGAAAAAACUGGAAUAUAAUACACCCCAUUGUUGCGGUCGAUUGCCCGCGCGACUAUAUACUAUUUUCUUCGACCUCACUUUCCUGAUUUCCUCCUUUUUGGUUGCUCCCGCCCGUUAGGGUCCAAAGUGCAUCACGAUGAAGCGGCUCGAGCGCCGCGUACGUGUUUUCUUCUUGAUCUGAAUUCUAAGUUUAGCGUCAAACGCGACCGGAGAUCCUCCCCUUUCAACAUUUGAAGGAGUAGAGUAUAAUUAGACGCCUAGAGAGAAGACGAAAAGAAUUAAAAAUUCAGCCCUCCUUUCCCUUCAAUUCGAUUACGUGCAAAUGAAAAAGGGAACAGGGAGCAGUACACGUAACGACAUCUUCAAUAACGAUUGAAGAAUCGCAUCCUAGAGUCGGGUCGAUAAGAAGAGAAGAAUUUGAAUGGAAACUCCGGGCCCCAGUUCGUCAACUAAUAUCUGCGAAUUAUGCAGCAAGCGCACACGUUUGUAUACCUGCCCACGAUGCGGUAUAGGUUACUGUGGGGCCGAAUGUUACAAGUCGGACGCGCACACGGAUUGUUCCGAGAGCUUUUACAGGCAGUGCGUUGAAGACGAAUUGAAGUCACAGGAGAAUGAUCCAGCUGGUAGGCAAAAAAUGAUGGAGAUCCUAAAAAGAGUGCACGAGAUGGACAUGGAGAACAAUAUCUUGGAGGAUAAUUCAGAUGAGAAAAGUUCUGGUGGCGAGGACUCUCCAUUGGAUUCAGACGAUGAACAGGAAGUUCUCGAUUUGGAAUCCCGAUUACAGAACAUCAAUCUUGAGGAUCCAAAUCAGCUCUGGUCGGUCUUAUCCGAAGCAGAGAGACAAGAAUUUGAGGCAUUGAUAAAGAAUGGAGAGGUGGAAAAGCUGCUGCCCAAGUGGGUGCCGUGGUGGACUAACCAGGUAGAAAGAAAGUUAAUUCAGCCUGUUGAAGAGAAUGUCAAGGAUGUUUAUAGUGACUUAAAUUAUCCUGAUUUGAUAGACAUACCAUUAUUUAAUGAAUUGCAGAAAGCGUCUCCUUAUGUAAUCUUUAAUAUGAUGAAUGUAAUAUACUCUUACGCAUAUAUUGCCCUUUAUUAUAUCGGAGAUUAUUUAAAUUGUGCCGAGGAAGCUGCUAAUGUUUUCCUGAUUAUCUGUGGAAACAUGAAAAACAACAAAGUUUUUGAAGACGCAGACUCGGCUAUUGAAAAUGUUAUAGAAAAUAUAAAAAGCGUUGAUUGGCUGGCGCAAGAUGAACAAACUAUAGCAGCAGUAAGGGAAGCCGGCGCUUCCAUUCUGCGAGGACCAGGCGCAGAGAUGAAGACAGUCUAUAUAUCUGCGGCGCUCUCCGAGCUCUACCGAUUACUAACAGCAGCGAAGAAAGAAAUUUCUAUCCACAAGAAUGGCAAUCAAGAAUUUACAAAGAGAUUUUCGCAGAACCGCAGCACCGACGUGAAUCUCUCGAAAAAAAGUAUACUUUUGUAUCUAAAAAAACUAGAGUAUUAUUUAUCGUGGACAAAAAACGCCGGCACGGAAAUCUUGUAA